GGAGAUAACAUUUGUAAAUUGCAGCAUUUGGGUGAAAUUUACUUCAGUCAAAAUCAUCUUUCGGGAUCUAUUCCAAAUUGUUUAGGGAACGUUACUUCCCUUAGGGAGAUACAUCUCGAUUCCAACAAAUUGAGUUCUAAUAUACCACCAAGCUUAGGGAACCUUCAAGAUCUAGUUGUUCUUGACUUAUCAUCAAACAACAUGGUAGGUUCUUUACCUCCAGAAAUUGGAAAUCUAAAGGCUACGACACUGAUAGAUCUGUCGAUGAAUCAAUUCUCAAAUGGAAUUCCAAGAGAAAUUGGAGGAUUGCAAAAUCUGGUGCAUCUUUCUUUGAGACUGAACAAGUUGCAAGGAUCUAUACCUGACUCACUGAGCACCAUGUUAGGUUUGGAAUUUCUAGACCUUUCUCAUAACAAUAUAUCUGGAAUCAUUCCCAGGUCAAUGGAGAAACUUCAAAAUCUGAAGUAUUUCAAUGUUUCUGUCAACAAGUUGUAUGGAGAAAUACCCUCGGGGGGUCCUUUCAAGAACCUCUCGAGUCAGUUCUUCAUCGACAAUGAAGCAUUGUGUGGUUCUUCAAGAUUUAGUGUCCCUCCAUGCCCCACUUCAUCCAAGGACAGAACAAAUAGGAAAAAGUUUCUAGUUCUAUUUCUUUUGCUAGGACUUGCACUUUUAUUUGUUCCUAUCACUUUUGUGUUUGUUUGGAUAAGGUACAAAAGAGGUAAAAGAUCUCCUCAACAAGUUGAUUCACUGUCUAUUGUAGCAAUAGAAAGAAUUUCAUAUUAUGAAUUGAUGCAAGCUACUGAUGCGCUUAGCGAGAGUAAUCUGAUUGGUUCCGGAAGUUUUGGCUCUGUUUACAAAGGUGUUCUCAGAAAUGGAACUGCCAUUGCAGUUAAAGUGUUCAAUCUGCAACUAGAUGCGGCAUUCAUGAGCUUUGAUACGGAAUGUGAAGUUUUUCGCAACCUUCGCCAUAGGAAUCUUGUAAAAGUCAUUAGUAGUUGUUCCAACCUUGAUUUUAAGGCUUUAGUGCUAGAGUAUAUGUCAAAUAAAAGUCUUGAGAAGUAUUUGUAUUCACACAACUACUUCCUCGACAUCAGGCAGAGAGUAAGAAUUAUGAUAGAUGUGGCAUAUGCAUUGGAAUAUCUCCAUCAUGGGUGUUCGUCGGCUGUGAUACACUGUGAUCUGAAGCCUAUUAAUGUCUUGCUGGAUGAGGAUAUGGUUGGCCACCUAAGCGACUUUGGCAUUUCAAAACUACUUUGUGAAGAUGAGAGUGAUUUAUACACUAAAACUUUAGCAACAUUGGGGUAUAUUGCACCAGAAUAUGGAUUGGAUGGAUUGGUCUCAACAAAAUGUGAUGUUUAUAGUUAUGGGAUCAUGUUGCUGGAAACAUUUACUAGGAGAAAGCCUAAUGAGUUUGAGGGUGACCUUACCUUGAAGCAAUGGGUGAGUUAUUCACUACCAGAGGCAGUAAUGGACGUUGUAGAUGUCAACUUGAUAACACCAAUGGGUAAUCGCUUACAGAAAGAGCUAGAUGUUGUGACUUCAAUCAUGAAAGUUGCAUUAGAUUGUUGUGCUGAAUCUCCGGCAAGAAGGACAAACAUGAAAGAUGUUGUAGCGAUGUUGCAGAAGAUCAAGAUUCAACUUCUUGCAUGUUGAGCACGUUUUUGGAAUCUGUUGUUCCAAGUCACUUGUUUGUUACGAAUUACCUAAACUGUCGUAUUCAUGUAAAGAUUGUUGUUUUGUUUUGUUUUGUUUUAGCACUGGAUUUGUGCAUGAUUCUGUUUUUAGUAAUGCUAGAUGGUUGCAAUAAAUCUCACUGUUGUCCAAUGAUGGAAAUGCCAGCGAUUAAGAAGAGUACACGAUUUCUUGCAGCUAUUUUACAUGGAGAUUGAAAUUCUGGGAAUACACUGAUGCUAAGUGGUUAAUAUGGUAAGUGGUAAAAAUAAUGUCUGUUAGAAAAGAAAAGUAGGCAAAGUCACAAAGAAAGACGUUUCUUUUUUACUCCUUUAUUCAUCUUCUGAAAAACAAGAUAUCUACUCGCUAUUAUAGGCUUACAACUCGACAACUGAAGCUAAAAUAUAUGAACUAACAAGCAGUGGUGAAACAUGACAUAAACACCAACAUUCCCACUAAUAGAAAACAAAAAAUAAAAAACAUUGACCAAUUAAAAUCUUAAUUCCACUAAGACAAAAAAAUAGGACCAUAAAGAAAAGAUUUUGCGGUGAUUGAUUGUUGAAGAAUUGAUUGAAGUCAUGCUUGUUGCGCGGAAGAGAUUUAGUAAGAACAUCGACUAUUUGUGCCACAAAAUUUCAAUGAGAUUAUUCCACCAGUAACUAGAUCGUGAAUGAAGUGAUAGCGGAUGCCGAUGAGCUUCAUCCUACUGAAAUGCAGGACUUUUUAUCGUAGCAAUUGCUGCGUUGUUGUCACACAAUAUUGCAGUUGGACCAAUCUUUUCACGACCCGAGCCGAGGCCCUGGCAGCAAUGAACAUCUCGAACCAUAAAUGCUCGAGCACCCUUGUCUAUC